CUGAAAUACUUCAGCCUUUAACGACUGAUAGUAUCUAGAGAAAAGUUAAGGUCAUAAGCAAAUCACCUCAUUCGGUCUAUUACACUCGCAGUGUUCCAAGGUUCUUCUUCGGACAUCAGCGAGUGCGAGCAACCGUCUUACCGCAGCAUGAACCCUUCCACGACCUGUGGUUGCUAGGAGGGCUAAUUACAGAUCUGGAAAAGUGAGGGAGUUAGCGGGGUACACAAACUCACCCAAACCUCGUCCCUCGUUUCAUUAAUCGAACGUGGUGUAAACCAAAUACCUGAUACUUAAGUAUUUCGCCCGUGGCAGAAUGCGCGUCUGACGAUGGCUUAUAACAUUACCCACUAUGAUCCUGCGCCGCCGUUGCCUCCCCGGUCCGGACGGCAGCCUGCACAACGACACCAUUAUCUGAAUCACAAAGUCUCCGAUCUGUCAGACGGACCGUACGACGAUGCUGCGUCGCCCACCGGCGUCAGGGGACGUGAGUCCCUCGUGUCACUCCAGUCGUCCUACGAAUCUUCCCGCCUGAACGUCACGGACGACAAUGCCUCUAACGGCAGCAACGCAUACGAUCCAAGGUCAUCGUGGUCCGUCCCCUUCGUCGGCUCCGGCGGCGGACGGUACCAGCCCGUUUCGUCUUCCGGUCGCUCCAACUCGACAUAUGCGCAUCGUUUCAAGAGUUUCCGUACCAGGGCUAACGGCCGGGACACGAUCCAUGAGGACGAGAGUAUCGAUAUGGCGCUACUGAAUUCUGCGGCGCAGCCCGGUCUCUCUAAUAAUAACCAUAGCCAUAAUAGGCGUAGCCCAUAUGCGCCAGUUUCUAACCAUCAGCCGGCACCCGCCGCCGUCGAUAUAACCUCUUUCGAAGGUCCAAUGUGCGCGGAGAACCAGGAAUUCUUCACGUCGAUACAGGCCGCGCAAGAGGCUAGCGGCAAGCUCACCGGCGGGUUAGGCUCUGGCUUGGAACCCCCGAAGGCUAGGAUCAACGGGGUCCAGCUCAUGGCGAGCUCGCCGCUGAAGCGCAGCUUCACCAGAAAUUUCUCGAUGCGCAGAUCUCCUGCGCGCGCGGACCUGCAUGUCAGCUUGAAGGAGCUGGGACAGAUCGAGGCGAAUCGCAGGGGCGAGGUUAUUGAGGUUGUGAUGGAAGAGGGGCAGACGCCGGCGGAUGUGGAUAUAAGUACGAUGGUUGGCCCGAACCCGGAUCGUGAUCGCGAUCGCAUCCGCGAUUCGGUGCAGCCACGACAUGAGAGGAAGACGGAGGUUUUUUACCCACAGUCGAAUUGGAAGCCGUUCUUUAUGCGAUGGCCUUAUAUAUCGUGGUUAAUUCUCCUAUCUGUUGGACUCGCCAUCGCCCAGGAAGUUCUUUAUCAGAGAUCGGCCCAGGUACCUCUUGUCGAGUUCCAACGAGCCACUGAUUUAGGAGCCGGCUAUUACUUCAUCUUCAAGUUCGUGCCCACAAUCAUCACCGUCACUUAUGGUGUUUUGUGGCAGAAUACCGAUUUCGAAGUUAAGCGGCUCGAGGCUUUUUAUCAACUCUCGAAGGAUGGAGGAGCGUUAGCGGCGGAGUCGAUUAACGUCGACUAUAUCACCCUGUUCAACUUCACAAGACCGUUCUUGGCGCUGCAACGCAAACAUUAUGCAGUGGCCGUAUCGUCGAUUGCUACUAUCCUCGCCGUUUCCCUGGUCCCUACGCUUGGCUCCGCUGCCUUGGUUGUGUCAGACGUUGUGCUCGAAGACGGCAGCACCGAGAAAGCGAUUGGCAUCAAUCCUGUGUUAUCGCGCAUUCUAACCAUGGUAUUCUUUAUUAUUGCCGUCCUAGGAUGUGUCCUCUUCUAUCAGCUUAAUACGCGGCGUUCAGGGCUUCUUUCGGAUGUGAAGGGUAUUGCUGGCCUGGCAUCGAUGGCCGUUGUCAGCCAUAUUAUGAUGGAUUUCAAGGAUAUGGAUGUAGCCACACCAAAAGACAUCCACAACCGCCUGAAAAACAGGCGAUACGCACUACGUAACUCGUCGCUCGUCCCCGAGGACUCCCAGUCAUCAGCAAUGUCCACUAAUGCCGAAGCCGACAAGUACAAGGACACACACCUGCCGGAGAAUCCGCACCCGCUGAUGCUGCGCGCGGAAGGCUGCAUACCAUUCAUUGUAUUCAUCCUGCUGUUUCUAGGCUUCAUCCCGGUGUUCCUCUUCACGCCGGCGAGCGUAGUUACUAACAAAGCGCCCUGGUUCGUAACUAUGCUAGCCGUGUGCAUCAAGCUUAGCUGGAGCAGUCUCGAAACGGCUAUCCGCAUGAUGGAGCCGUACUACAUCCUAUCCAAGAGGCACGCUCCCGCCAAGACCCUGACACUGGAUUACACGGCGAUGCCGUUCGCAGUCGUAGCUGCGCGUGCAUUGUUCAACCGGCACUGGACCGUAUUCGCGGUCGGCUUCGGCACGAUCCUCGUCGAAGCGCUGACUAUCUUCGCGACCAGUCUCGCCUCCGUCGAGGGCAAGGACUUCCUCUCGAUCCUGAGCCACGCUGGCCCUGGCAACGAUAAGUUCUUGCAGAAGGGCCUCGGCUCCGGGUCCGAGACCGUGCUAUCCUUCUCAGUAAUCCUCGUCCUAACUGUAGUUAUCCUCGUUUACCUCGCCAUCGUCGCGACCACGGUUUUCAUCCGCAGGAGACAUCCCUUCCUCCCCAGACAGCCGAACACGAUUUCCAGCGUUCUCGCGUUCAUGCACCAGAGCAAGAUGCUGUAUGAUUUCGUCGGCACGGCGAAGUUCGAUAACGCGCAGAUGAGGGAAAGGCUGGAGGGGCUCGGGAAGACGUAUGGCUUGGGCUGGUUCGAUGGCAGAGAUGAUAUGACGCACCUGGGCAUCGAGCAGGAGGAGCUUACGGGCGUUUAUAAACAUGGCGUUAAUUAUGCCCAGGGCAAUAAGCCGUGGCUUACGGAGUGGCAACUCUUUUGAGGGAGUUCCGGAGGGGGAUUUGGGGCAUUUUGCUUUUGCUAGUUGUGAUGGGGAGGGGUGGGGGUGAUGUACAUGAUAGCUGUUGAUGCGUCGUGUAAUAUUAGAAAACUACCUAGGACCCAGAUAGGUAGG